UUAAAGAGAGAGUCUGAGCCUGGGGUCAAGGCAGUCAGAACAGGCAUCCUUAGAGCUCUGGGUCUCUUCCUGAAAGUGUUUGUCUUCCCAUCUCCAAGGACCAUGGCCUCCUUGACGGUCCUCGCCAUCUUUUUCCUUUCCAUAUCUGGCAUCUGUUUGGGAUCUCCAAAUAGUGAAGGAGUAGAGAGUCCAAGAAAGAAUCAUACCUGCUGUUUCUCCUAUACAAAGUUAAAGAUUCCAAAGAGACAUGUGGUUGAUUAUACUUAUACCAGUGAGAUGUGCUCUCAGCCAGGAGUCAUCUUCAUCACCAGGAAAGGUUUACAAAUCUGUGCCGACCCCUCCAGCCGAUGGGUCCAGACUUAUGUGGCUUCCCUUGAAGCAAAAGUCAGAGGAAGCUGAAUUCUUUGAAAUUUACCGAUGAGAAAAAUAGAAAUGAUUUCAAAAAUGAAACUGUUUUGAACUUAUUAAAACAAUUAUUCUCAAAAUAA